AUGGAGAAGAAGCAGCUGAGCUACCUUCUAGUACUGCUUGUGGGGGCCGUUGCUUGUCUACAGCUGCCGCUUUGCCAGUCCCAGCCGCAAUCCAUCACCAACUGUGUGAACGACCCAGCCAAGGAGACUGGCUGUGAGCUGGCAAUCAGCCGGGACCUGGUGCUCAACGUGAUUGAAGACGUUGCGGCAGCAAGCGACCCUGAAGAUGUCUAUGCCGCAAUCAACGCCCGCAACCCCCGGUACAACUUCCAGGGAUUCUACGCGUUCGUGUAUGACAACGUGGGCCGGCGCGUUGCGCACAACAAUGUCUCCAGUGUUGGGAAGUACCAGGCUGAGGCAAACAAUGACAUCGGCAUCCCGAUAUACCCCAACUUUUUUCAGACUUACCAGGCACUAGCGGCAGCUGGCGGAGGGACCACUGAAUAUCUUUUCACUGGCGCACGGGGCCUAGGUCUGAAGAAGGGCUACAUUGCAGGCCUUCCAAAUGGAUUUGUUGUGGGAGCCGGGUACACUGAGGUCGCGGAGUGCCUGUACGCCACUUAUACAUUCUGCAGCCCGGUAGCGGCCUACACACUAGGGACCAGUUUUGCCAACACUUUGACAUUUGAGCCAGACCCCCAGCCAUUGAUCGAUGCCGUCAACAAGCAAGUCUUCCCAGGGGUCUUCCCUGGGGGCUUCUAUGUUCAAGUGUAUGACGCAAACCCUGCAACCGGAUAUGUAUGUCUGGCAAACGGGGCCGACUUCGCAAAAGCUGGCUCAACCCCUCAGCAAAGCGAGACACCAGACGUGGCUGCCGUGCUGACGAAUGCGUUCAACCAAGGGAUACCUCAGUACAUCAGCUAUGUUACGAAUGGCCGCGUCAAGUACUCGUGGCUCCAGCCCGUUGAGCAAAUCGUUACGGGCAGGAAGUUCUUCGUCUUGUCAGGCUACUUGACUUCCCAAGCACCGCUUCAACUGCCGGAUGGGUCUUUCUCAGUGCCCACUUGCAGCACGAGUCCCAAGACCAAGGAAACCGGCUGCGAGUAUGCCACCAUGCGCAAUCUGGUCGACAGAGUGAUUGCUGACGUGAAAGCUGCAAGCGACCCGAGAAAGGUAUACGAAGCAAUCAACCAAAAAGAUCCGAAGUACAUCUCCAACGGCUUCUAUCCUGCGGUGCUGGAUUCAAACACCAUCGGGGUUGCAUUCGUAAACACGUCCGAGCUGGGCACUCCUUUUCAAGUCGAGUAUGACGACAUCAGAUACCCUACUUCCGCAAACUACGUCCAAGUGGUCAAAAGUUUAGCCGCGGUUGGAGGGGGGGGCACCUACGAGUACAUCAACCUUGGGGCCGCGGACCUCGGCCUGAAGAAAAACUACGUGGCGUCUUUGCCGGGGGGUUAUAUCGUGUUCGCAGGUUACACCGAGGUUCAGCAGUGCCUCUACAACACGUACACCUUCUGCACGCCAGUGGUGGCCUACACUCUCGCCAGCAACUUCGGCCGCCUCCUCCAUUUCGCGCCGAACGCUCAGCCGUUGAUCGACGCCGUCAACAAACAGGUUUAUCCCGGAAGGACUCUCGGGGGCUUUUACAUCCAGGUUUAUGAAGCAGACCCGGCAACAGGUUACCGCUGUUUGGCGCACGGCGACGUCUUCGCAAAGGCCGGAAAACCCCCAGUGGAAAGCGAAACCCCGGAGGUGGCUGCUGCAUUGUUGGCCGCUUUUGCCAAGGGCAAACCGCAGUACAUCAACUAUGCCCUCAACGGUGCUAACAAGUACACGUGGGUCGAGCCCGUUCGACAGCUUGUCACGGGAAAGAAGUACUUUAUUCUGUGCGGAUAUCUGACCGUGAGGCCCGUUCCGGCGCCGGAAAAGCUGCUGAGCCCGGCGGAGUGGCGCGCGUUCAGCAACCCGCUCGCGCACGAGCAGGAUGACGUGGCAAGCGGUUCCGUCGCCGCCGGCGUCCAUCAGCGGAACGAGGGUCACAGGAAGUUCGUCGUCGACGAACGUCGCAUCAAGGAAGCUUCUGUCGGGGCAACCGGAUCCUCCCGAGCGCAGACCGGGACGUCAAGAUCACCGUUCGUUGCUGGGAGCGAGCAGCCGAACAGCAACUUGAAGCGGCCCCAGAGCGUCGCGGGCGCGCGCCUUUUGGGGUUCAAUGACUAG